GGAGUACCGUUAAUGCUCUGGCCUGGAUGAACUCGAUCUCGAGAAUACCUGCCAGUGCGCGGUUAACUUUUAAAAAGUGCGCGCGUUUCGUGACAUCUCCUGCGCGCGCGCAAUCUUACGUUUAUACGAUAAAUUAAUUUUUAGUUAUUACAAGAUUAUAUCACUCUCCAAUAAGAAUUUUUGUAAUUGUUUGUUAUGGCGCGUCGGUCUGUGUUAGUGUGUGGUAUUUUACUACUAUUGGAAAUCUGCAAUGGAAAUCAAGAUUAUAAUAACUAUACUCUUAUAAAAAUCAACCCUUACAACGAUGAACAAGUAUUGGUUGCAAAUGCUAUAAAUGCUACGGGCAUAGAGAUACUAAAAAAUAGCAGAGGACUAAAUGACACUGUAGAUUUGCUUGUUCCACCAAGUCGUGUAAACUACACGAGGUCUUAUGCAGAAGAAAACAAGCUAGGAUUUGAAGUAAAACAAGAGAACUAUGGCAGAAGUUUUCAAGAACUGGGUCCUCCCGAAUCUGACGAACUCAAUCGUACAGUACGUACAGCUAGAAGACGUUACCAGAAGUCUUUCCACCUUUUUGAGUACAACUCUUAUCCAUCAAUUUUGGAGUUUCAAGAGACGGUAGCCAGACGGAGACCAGACCUGGUGCAGGUGGAAGACGUCGGAAGAAGCUACGAAGGACGAAGGAUAAAGCUGGUCAAGAUAUCUGCUAACCCAGAGGCUCAAAACCCCAUCAUCUUUAUUGAUGCAGGUAUACACGCAAGAGAAUGGGUAGCACCGGCCAUGGCCCUGUACCUUAUACACCGGCUGUCCAGUGAUCCUGACGUGCGUCAGAAUGUUCUAGACGGAGUCGACUGGUACAUACUGCCGGUUGUCAAUCCUGACGGCUACGAGUUCACGCGCUCUAGCGCAGCUCAUCGACUGUGGAGGAAAACAAGGUCACAAACCGUUAACUCAUGUUAUGGCGUCGAUGGAAACAGAAAUUAUGGCUUUAAGUGGGCCGUCAGUGGCGUCUCCACUAAUCCUUGCGACGGCGAGACCUACGCAGGACCUAAACCAUUCUCCGAGCCCGAGACUCAGAUUGUCCGUAAUAUCAUGAUGAAAAAUGCCGAUCGAAUGAAGCUGUACGUUUCUUUACACUCUUACGGCAAUUUCCUUGUAUACCCAUGGGGUUACACUGGCGAUUUCUUACCAAAACAGUGGAGGAAACUAGACUCCUUAGCGAGAUCUGUGUCGAAUGCGGUGCAGAAGGCAGGAGGGAAACCUUUAACGGUUUUAAGCGCUGGAAAGUGGUAUCCGGCGGCUGGAGGCAGCGAUGAUUUCGCUUUUGGCGCAGUUGGCGUCCCUUACUCCUAUACUAUGGAAUUGACUGAUGGAUAUGAAUUUACGUUCCCAGCAAGAUUACUCAAAAAUGUACUGCCACAGUUUUACGAAGGUUUUAAAGUAUUUGGAAAAAGCAUCAAACAAGAGUUCGGAUCUAGCUAGAGUUUAAUAUACUUAGAAAAUUGUUUGUAUGUCGGAAAUAAAAAUGUUACGAGUUAUUUCUUUUAAGGAAAAUUGAAUAACGGUAAUACCUAUUUUAUUGUUUUAUUUAUUUCUCAAAAUUUGUUUUACUCUUUGGUACUUUUAGGACUUGCUUUUGCAACAUACGCUAGUUGAAGUAGACCUUAUGAAACCGGGUCCAUUAUGAAAUUUUGUUUUUCAUUAUUAUUAGUCAUUAAUGGUAAGAUAAAAAUUCAUAUAUACCGUGAAGUUCCCAGCAUUUUAGAAUAGAGCCACUCCAUAUCAUUCCCAUGGAUGUCGUAAAAGGCGACUAGGCUGAUAAACUUGAGAUUCUUCUUGUAGGCGAUGUCUUGUGCCUGCCACCAUUUAAAUCUUAAUUCCAUCAUUAUGUCAUACAGCUGAGCGGGGUAUUAUAGGCUAUUCAAAACUGUUGGUUCUGCCUACUCCGCAAGGAAUAUAGACGUGACGAUAUGUUUAUAAAUAUAUAUUAAUGUUAGCUUUCAUUAUAAACAUACAACCAGAGGAUACGGCGUUCUUUUUAAAAACAAAAAAAAUCAUGUUUUAAU